AUGUCAGAAACAGUCAAAAAUUCACAACUAGAAGACGUUCUGCAACCGCAUAUCGAGUGCUCCAUUUGCAUGAAUACUCUUCACAACGCGGCCAGGUUCGUUCUCCACGGGAUUUCGUGCGAAUCCAAGAUUUUUUGCAGCUGUACUCCAUGUCUUCAUACGUUUUGCAUGGGUUGCGUCGGCCAAUGGGGAAAGGAAGACAGCAGAAAGUGCCCGAUGUGCAGGGCUUCCGUCAGAGAAAUCGCCCCGAACUACACGAUGCGAGAAAUGGUGAAAGCUUAUUUGCUGGUCAAACCAGGUGAGAAUACCUCAAAAGAGCACUUCUAAAAGUGUAAUUUCAGAGUGCAAAAGAACGAAAGAGGACGAGGAGAAGCUGAACUUGGCCGAACUUGAAUAUCUUCUGAAGUGGCUGACGGACACGGAUGCCAAACUUCUAGAAAUUGAAGCGUUGGCCUCUCAACGGGGAUCUUCUAAUGGGUAGAUUAGCGCAAAAAUUUCAACUUCCAUGUAAACGUUGUUCAGUUCCGACGAUAAGUAUAACAACACACUGGCCCGUGCUGUCGAACUCUGUAAAAACAUUCUGGAGAAGAAAUACGAGUCGGAACUGAAAGAACCGCCACGAGUUGAGCAGAUAAGAAUGGCUGUUGUUAAUCUGCUAAAAGAAACAAAGAAAGAAGCACUGCCGGCGGCGGUCUUCUCAAAAUUGCACAGUGGACUGAUUUUGUAAACUCAAAGUUUUAACUUUUUCGUUUAGGACUGGAGCAAUCCUACCGUAAGCUCGUAAGAAUCAGCAUGCCAAUAAUCGGCCCCACUGAGCAUUCCUGCAAGUGCCCUUUUCAUUACUUUCACCUUUUCACUUAUUCAGGGCUCGCCAACACAUUCUUCGAAAAAGACUGUUCGAAUGCAAUCGAUUCCGACAAUGAGUUUGACUCGGAUGAGAGAAACAAAGAAUGGGACCUCGGACUGCCUGCCAGAAUAUCCGAUUUGCUGCUCGGAAUCCGUCAUCCGCAACUUCUGCCACGACGUCUACCACGUGUCCCAGUCGGCGAUUUCGACCCGAUAGAUCUAGAGGCUUUGGCACGAGUCCGACAGAUGAACGCUCCAGGAUUCAGAAGAGAAACGGUGAGACUAGUGGAUUGAAUUCAACGAACAACCACAAUAUUCCGACUCUAAAUCAGGCGCCGCCGUCUAUUCCGUCGCCUCCUCCUCCUCAACAACGUCGGCAGCCUCCACGAGCGAUGAGAACUCGUCGUUUGGCUCGGGAGGAGGACGCACGGGCCGCUGCAGCUCCGACCGCCGAACCUGUUCAAGCACCUUCCCAACAAAGAAGAUCAUCUCGGCUCGCCGCAAGAGUCUGA